UCUCCCACCACACCCUGCACUGCCUUCUUCUACACGCUCAGUGGCAACAGUUGUUCGUCCAUCAGCACACAGAUCAAAUCUAUGGAUGUUGAUCUCGCUGCUCUCAACCCCGGUCUUGACUGCUCCAAGCCCAUCAAGGCAGGCCGCUCGGUGUGCAUCGAGCGCAAUGACACAUUUGCGUUCACUGUUCCUGUGUGUGUGAAUUACGGCUUGCUCACACCUGAAGUAACAUGCAACCGGCUAAUUCAGAGGACCAGAAGCUUCCCAACUGAGCUGUACCGCAACAAUCCCGGCCUCAUUUGCUCCAGCACAAUCCCUGCAUCCGUCUCAGUUGUCGGCAGCAAGAUUGGCGUGCAGAUUUGCGUCAAGGCAGAGUAUUGGUCAUUCAAAUUGGGCAGGUGCAAGAAGGGCAGGACCAAGCCAGUCUCGCCAUCCAUGGCGUGUUCAGCCGCUUACCACUUCUAUGGUGGAGAUACGGGUACAGCAGCUGAAGAUUUUUACGACUAUAAUGGUGAAUAUUGCUAUGGAACCAUAGGAGUCGAGGUGAUUUGUGUCCCAUAAUCACUCUACGUGGCUGGCAGGAAAUCUGCAUAUCAAUUUGAGAUGGGGUUGUAGGUCUUAGAGAAAGGCGCGGGAGAGAAAGGAGGUGGGCAAAGGUAGCUUUGGGUACUGUGUAGGACGGAGGUCAUGUCACAUGCUGAUUUUAUAAGACUACCGUAUUUAGACUGGGCGAAUUCCCAUGAAGUAGGAUCAGAAUCAAUAAUGUUCCUGAUC